ACUGACACCAGAAACCAAAAGGCUUAGACUUAAAAUGGGUUUUGGUUUGGAGCGACCUUCUGUUUCCUCAGCCACCAAAUGGUUGGGUUUCGUCACCGCCAUUUGGGUCCAGGCCAUUUCAGGCAACAACUACACUUUCUCCAACUACUCCGAUGCUCUCAAAACCCUCAUGAACCUCACCCAACUCGAGCUCAACAACCUCUCCGUCGCUAAAGACGUCGGUAAAGCUUUCGGCCUCCUCGCCGGCCUGGCCUCUGAUCGCUUCCCCACAUGGGUCCUCCUCUUGAUCGGCUCCGUCGAGGGUUUGGUCGGUUACGGCGCACAGUGGCUCGUCGUCAGCGAGAGAAUUCAGCCUCUUUCGUACUGGCAGAUGUGCAUAUUCCUGUGCAUGGGAGGCAACAGCACGACGUGGAUGAACACGGCGGUGUUAGUCACCUGUAUUCGGAACUUCCGGAGCAACCGGGGACCGGUCUCCGGCAUUCUCAAAGGCUACGUUGGCCUGAGCACCGCCAUAUUCACCGACCUUUGCGCGGCUAUGUUCAACAACAACUCCGCCAGCUUCAUACUCAUGCUCGCCGUCACUCCCUUCGCCGUCUGCCUCACCGCCAUGAUCUUCCUCCGUGAAAUCGCCCCGUCGUCUUCCGCCGCCGAGGACAAGCAGGAGUCUCGAUACUUCUGGUUCUUCAACGGCCUCGCAGUCUUCGUCGCCCUCUACCUCCUCGCCUACGACUUCAUCCCCGACCCCUCCACCAUCUUCUCUUAUGUCUUCUCCGCCACUCUCCUUCUCCUCCUCGCUUCGCCGCUAUUGAUUCCGGCCUACACCUACGUCAGCGCCUUGGCCGAAAGCCGGGUCGGGUCUUCGGAUCCGGAGAAGCCGGUUCCGGUUGUGGUUGCGGCUCUGGAGGCGCCGCUUUUGGCGGCCGAAAAGGCGGAGGUGGAAGACGUGGCGGAGGAGGCGGUGGAGAGGAGGAGGCCGGUGAUCGGAGAGGAGCACACGAUAUUCGAGGCGAUGAGGACGUUGGAUUUCUGGGUGCUGUUUGUGUCGUUUCUGUGUGGGGUGGGGACUGGACUGGCGGUUAUGAACAAUUUGGGCCAGAUUGGGCUGGCGCUUGGAUACGUCGACGUUUCGAUCUUCGUUUCACUCACCAGUAUUUGGGGAUUUUUCGGGCGAAUAAUUUCCGGUAUGGUUUCCGAGUACUUCAUCAGGAAAGCGGCAAUACCAAGGCCACUAUGGAAUGCAGCUUCUCAGAUUCUAAUGGCUGUUGGAUACAUACUCCUAGCCAUCGCCGUGCCUGGUUCCCUCUACAUUGGUUCAAUCGUGGUCGGAAUCUGCUAUGGGAUUCGUCUUGCUAUCACUGUCCCAACUGCAUCUGAACUAUUUGGUCUCAAAUACUAUGGGCUUAUCUACAAUGUUCUGAUCCUCAAUCUCCCACUUGGGUCCUUACUCUUCUCAGGCCUCCUUGCUGGCUUUUUAUAUGAUAUGGAGGCCACCCCAACGGCCGGAGGUGGCAACACCUGCGUUGGUGCUCAUUGUUACAGACUAGUGUUUGUUGUCAUGGCCAUUGCCUGUGUUGUAGGGUUUGGUUUGGACAUUUUGUUGUCCAUCAGAACUAAGCGGCUUUACACGAAGAUUCAAGCCGGAAAGAAAACAAAGAGAGUUUCGAAUCUCAGAUAGUAACAAGUAAACUGGGAUUUGGGAGGCCGAGAUUAUGAUUCUGAGGACUGAUGGGUUAUUUCUCCUUAUGAUGUCCUCCAUCUAGAAUUAGCUACUCGCUACAUCCAUUUCUGCUCAUAUCAUUCCAUGAGAUCAGUCCAGGGAGAAUUAGUAGUCACCUCGUUACGAAAAAAAUAUGUGGUUAAGUUGUUUGAUAGGCAUCCUUAAUUCUUCCCACCACCAUAUUUGUUUUGAAUUAGUGUGUAAUUUCUUGCCUACCUAAUAGGCUAGUGUGUUCAUAAAUCAAUCAUCAUAAUAUAAUUCUUUUGCUUCUGGUAUGACUACCACCUUCGAUAAAUGGUGAGCCUUGGGGAUUCAUUUACGAAAAACUUAUUUCUUCCCCAUGUAACCUCUACAAAAUUCCGGUAACCUCUUCAUUGAUCAAUCAGGUUAUUUGAUAUUUUGGUUGUGACACUGAAAUAAGAAUGUUUCUUUUCGAACUGUCUAUGCACAUUGAAGGUGUAAUCCUCCAGCCAAAGACCAUUUGAAAGUGUGGACUGAUGAACCAUGUUGAUGGGAGCUUGAUUUCUUAUCAAAGAAAGAAGUUUCAAGUUCAAAUCGCUGCCCUCCCUUGAUAAAAAGAAAAAAGGAAUUGAAGAAGAUGAAAGCAGACAACAGAAAAGUUGCUAGUGCUAAGGAACAAAUUUGAGAAAUGAGGAGGAAGCAGGGUGAGGUAGUCCCAGCUGAGUGAAAUUUAAGAUUUGAAAGUUCUCUGUAACUUCAAGCAAGUUCAAGCUUGUGGAUCUCGAGCUUCCUUUUUACUUUUUCUAGCUUCUUAUUUUUGUUCCGGGACCUUAUUAAUUAGAUUGACAUAAUAAUAGGGGAACAAAGCGUACAGUUUUCACCUUAGCCUGAUAAAUAAUCUGUAAUAUCAGGGUGCAAGUGAAAUUGUAAAUCUGCCAUUCUUUAACAUCAUCGAUCAACACAGCAUGUGGUAUCAACUUCCAUGCUUCUGACUUGUGUGGUGCACCGCUUCAAUGCCAAUCCGCCAUGAAAGCUUUUCAAGAACACAUGCAGUGCUUGGUUACAUUUUAUAGCUUUUCCCCAUACAAUGAGACACUCAAGACUUGCAGCUAAAGCACC